AUGGCGGUUAACUUAUGGGCUUCUCAUUGCUCCUCACUCGGUUUUGUUUUCCAAGCAACAUCAACACAACAGCAAGCCUGCAAGGCAUCAGCACUGGCAAUAGCCGUUCAAGAGCAUCGGCAGUCGUGCAUGCAGCCCGGACUCCGACCCCGACUCAAGGCUCGGCCUUCACUCCUGGACCUCGUCCGCCACCGAAGCAACUCUUUGUCGUCCCGCCCAGGAACCAGCGACUCGUCGUCUGCAGUCGAGCUUCCCUUGCCGGCGUCUCCAGGGGCUGGAGCUGGAGCCGGUGUUGGUAAUAGUGCCUGGCCGUGGUCUCCAGCUGGCUCUCGCCGUGGAUCUUGGCUUGCAACGUCGGUGUUCGGCCCAGCCUCGCCGCCUGCUUCUCCUUCCUUCCCUGAUGUUGAGCCUCCUGCGCCAGCUCCUCUCACUGGCUCACCCGUCGUCUCCAUCGCGCCUGCCUCUGCUGCUACACCCACAGGUGCUCCUGCCGUAGGCUCUCCCCUGGCCCCGGCCUUAGCAGCCGCUGCUGCCUCUGCUACAUCAUCGCCUCCACUCUCUCCACCAGGCACACCAAGCCCAAUCCGCUUCGACGCUGGUGCAGCUGUCAUCGCCAUCUCCCUCAACGUCGACGCUGUCAUCCUCACAGCAUUCGUCGCCCUCCCCCCAGCGCUCUUCUUCCCUUCAUCAAGAGCCGGAGCCGACGUCUUCAAACCCGCCCAAGAUGCCAUCUGCAAAAUCUACUCCAUCUCCGGUCCCGUCAUUGUGGCCGAAGACAUGAUUGGUGUUGCCAUGUACGAACUCGUCAAAGUCGGUCACGACAACCUUGUCGGUGAAGUCAUUCGGAUCAACGGAGACCAGGCAUCAAUUCAGGUUUACGAAGAGACCGCCGGUGUCAAGGUUGGCGACCCUGUCGCACGAAGCGGAAAGCCCUUAUCCGUCGAACUUGGCCCUGGUUUGCUCAACGGUAUCUACGACGGUAUUCAGCGACCACUGGAGGAAAUAUCCAACGUUUCCAAGACCAUUUAUAUCCCCCGUGGUAUUUCAGUUCCUGCGCUCGACCGAAAGAAGAAGUGGCAGUUUACCCCUGCCAAGAAGGUUGGCGAUCACAUUGCUGGCGGUGACGUUUGGGGUAAUGUCUUCGAGAACUCCUUCAUUUCUAACCACAAGAUUCUGUUCCCACCUCGCGCUCGUGGCACCAUCACCAGGAUUGCUCCCAAGGGCGAGUACACUGUUGCCGAAAAUAUCCUGGAGGUUGAGUUUGAUGGCAAGAAGACUGAAUACCCCAUGAUGCAGUCGUGGCCUGUUCGAGUCCCCCGUCCCACGACUGAAAAGCUGGCUGCCGAUCAGCCUUUCCUUGUCGGACAGCGUGUCUUGGAUGCCCUCUUCCCCAGUGUUCAGGGUGGUACUGUUGCCAUUCCUGGCGCUUUUGGCUGCGGCAAGACUGUCAUUAGUCAGUCUGUGUCCAAGUUCUCCAACAGCGAUGUUAUUGUGUACGUUGGAUGUGGUGAGCGUGGAAACGAGAUGGCUGAAGUCUUGAAGGAUUUCCCUGAACUUUCCAUCGAGGUUGACGGUCGCAAGGAACCCAUCAUGAAGCGAACGACCUUGAUUGCCAACACCUCCAAUAUGCCCGUCGCCGCCCGAGAAGCUUCGAUUUAUACUGGGAUUACUGUCGCCGAAUAUUUCCGGGACCAGGGUCUAGACGUGGCCAUGAUGGCUGAUUCUACAUCGCGAUGGGCUGAGGCUCUGAGAGAACUUUCUGGUCGCUUGGGAGAAAUGCCUGCUGACCAGGGCUUCCCCGCCUAUCUCAGUGCCAAGCUCGCUUCGUUCUACGAACGCGCUGGUAAAGUUCAGACUUUGGGCUCUCCUGAGCGACACGGCAGUGUCAGCAUUGUCGGCGCUGUCAGCCCCCCUGGUGGUGAUUUCUCAGACCCCGUCACUACAUCCACCCUCGGUAUCGUCCAAGUCUUUUGGGGUCUCGACAAGAAGCUCGCUCAGCGAAAGCAUUUCCCUUCAAUCAACACGUCUGUGUCGUAUACCAAGUACACCACUGUUCUCGACAAAUUCUACGAAAAGGAUUACCCCGAGUUCCCCCGGCUUCGAGACCGAAUCAAGCAGCUCAUUUCCGACUCGGAAGAACUCGACCAAGUCGUGCAGCUUGUUGGUAAGAGUGCCUUGUCUGAUCCUGACAAGAUUACUCUUGAUCUCGCUGCCCUGAUCAAAGAAGAUUUCCUGCAACAAAAUGGUUACUCGGACUAUGAUCAGUUCUGCCCCAUUUGGAAGACGGAGUGGAUGAUGAAGCUCAUGGUUGGCUUCCACGAUGAGUCCCAGAAGGCAAUUGCCCAAGGCCAGAGCUGGGGCAAAGUACGUGAAGCCACUGCCGACCUACAGGCCAAGCUGAAGCAACUCAAGUUCGAGGUGCCUUCUGACGGCCAGGAGGCAAUCACUAAGAAGUAUGAGACUAUUCAACAAGAAAUGAUGGAUAGGUUUGCAUCCGUCAUUGAUGAGUAA